AUGACAUUGCCAAGGUUUGUGGUGGUAAAAUCAAACCACAACAAAAAGUACUUGCGCUACCUAAAAACAGAAGAUGGAGAGGAGGACGCCCCGGCGGAGUUUCUCAAAUUCACCGGAGAAGAGGCCGGGAGCCAUUACGCAAAGUACGAAGUGGAGAUGGCAAAGAGUACCGAGAACAAGGGAUUUGUCCACAUUAGAUGCUGUUACAACAAUAAAUACUGGGUAAGCGUCAAUGGCAUGGAUAAGUUCGAAGGCGAUGUUUUGAUUGUUGCAGGGGCAGACGAACCGGAGGAAGACCAAUCCAAACCCUCAUGUACCUUGUUCGAGCCGGUCUACGUAGAUCCAAUAGACGAAGAAGACGACGACAAUAAACCGGACGAUAAAGCUGAAGAUGACCUUGAGGAGGACAAUCAGGUAGUCCAAUUUCGCCACGUCCAGCUCGGACGCUACACUUGCUUGCACAACGAUUCGGAUGCGCUAGUACUUUUCGGAGGCUCAAACUCUACCACAGACGAUCCGAACAACCUAGAGUCCCGGGAUGUGUGCACUGUCGUCAAUUGGGAAUCGCUGGUGAUUUUGCCGAAACACGUGGUGUUCAAGGGCGAUGAUGACAACUACAUCACCGCCCAAAUGAGCGACUACCACGGGGACGACGACGAUGGCGAUGGACCAAACCUCAUGUUCCACGGUAAUGAUAUUAAUGAUCCGGGUGUGGCGAACGAGAUCUUCAUGAACGCGGACGGAACCCUACAAAUAAAGAAUAUUUUUUUCGAAAGAUAUUGGAGACUCGCCAAGGAAGAGUGGAUCUGGGCGGACGCAUUUAACCCGACCCCCAGAGACAAAAACUAUAAAGACACGUUGUAUAAGGCGAUCAAGCUUUACGACAAAACCAUAGCUCUCAUUAACGUUGGGAACAACAAUUACUGCAAGAGAUAUGCGAGCGGGAUAUGUGCUCUCAGUGCCAACGUCCCUAAUCUCUCCAUAUACUCUCAUCUCAAGGUGGAAGAGCCUGUUAAGUCGAGGACCAUAUACAAAGUCAAGUAUCGCCUUGACCACGCCAGGACCUACAAUUACCAAACUGACUUCGAAAUCGCCACCGCAGAGGCCGUCAACUUCACCCAAGAAACCACCACUGUAACCCUAAAGCUGUUGUACAGGAGGCUGAGUAGUUGCAGUUGGAAUGAUAUCAACAGAAUUUACUCGAUGAAGCUCAAAACCACCAUUGAAGCUCCAGGCGUUCCGAGAAUCACGACACACGAAGGCGGAUUGAAUAAGGUUAAAAUUUCGGAUGGGUUUAAAGGAGAUGUCCAGUGGGGAGAGACCGAGGCCUACCAAACUGAAGUGGAGACUCUGUGCGUGGUUGAUGUGCCGGCAAAGAGUGUGCUGAAGGUGAGGCUGCUGGCCACGACCGCUUCAUGUGACGUCCCGUUCUCCUACUCUCGUCAGGACACUCGUAGCAACGGCCAGGUGCAUGUCACAAACGACUUGGACGAUGGUUUUUACAGUGGUAUCAAUGCCUUCAACUUCAAGUACAAUACCAAGGAAGAAAAGCUGGGAUGA